CCCUAAUCUUUUCUUUCCUCCACCGCUGGCCGCGUUUGGCUUCUCGUUUCCUGCUGCGGACCACAAGAGGCGGCUGCCUCUUGCUUCGCCGAUCGCCCUCCGGUCGUCCUACCUUUGCAUCGGCGAGGUCCGGACGGAACUGGAGAAGGCGAGAGAGGGGAACGACGCCUUCUCUGCUCGCGCACGCCGCCGCCGCCGCCCAACGCCGCGGACGCCUUCCGUCCACCGGCUCAAGGCCCUGCCACCGGCCACAGCCACCAGUAGUAGCCUCCAGCAGUGCCGGACAAAAAGCACAAGAAGGAGAGCCCUCCCUGCGCCGCUAUUCAACCCUGUGCAUCAGCAGUGUUGCCGCCUCCGGCCUCUGGAGCCCUCCAGAGCUCUCUGCCACCGGACACAGCAGCCGGCAGCACCCUUUCCGGUACCAAACGGCAGCCAAGGGUUGCUGCCUCUUUGGUGUCGCCGGACUGGAUAAGUCGUUUUCGCACCCGUGGCUAGUACCACUCGCGAAGACAAAACUCGUGACUUCCGAAAUCAUCUUGAAGAUUGCUCGACGUGGAUCUAAAUAGAGGCGAGACUCGAGUGCAAGGCUAGCAAACGCGAGUCUCAAGGCUAGCAAACGCUAUCUACAAGUUCGAUCACGAAUAGUCAGCACGGGAGUAAACAGCCGGGCAUUAAAGUCAGCAGCUCAUUAUUGAAGGACUUGCUUCAAAACUCGCGGAGAGUCCCCUCCUCGUUCUCCACUUAGUACACAGUAAACAAGGAGAGCGCCGUGGUCAGAGGAAGCUCCGUUAAUGGUGACUCCGGCUGUGUUUCUCGCCGGAAUAGUCCUAGCCGCAGCGCUCUACUGCGGGCUGGACCCUUUGGGCCGAAGCCCCAUGGCGAAUUUCCCCGGCUUCGAGACGUACCCCUACGAACUGCCGCCGUGGUCCGAGGUCCCCCAUGUGCGGGACGAGGGCGACCGGCUCCGGGGAGCGGAGGUCAGGUUCCUCAACCAGGUGAAGGGACCGGAGAGCAUCGCUUUCGACCCGCAGGGCCGCGGGCCAUACACCGGCGUCGACGACGGCCGGGUGGUAUUCUGGAACGGCGAGUCCUGGUCCGAUUUCGCCUACACUUCGCUCAAUAGGACAGAAAUAUGCAACCCGGACCCAAACCCUUUUAGUCACAUAAAGAUUGAACAUAUCUGUGGACGACCGUUGGGUCUUAGAUUUGAUAAGAAAACAGGAGAUUUGUAUAUUGCUGAUGCUUACUUUGGCUUGCUCAAAGUAGGCCCACAAGGCGGCAUUGCUGCAACACUAACAGCGGAAGCUGAAGGGGUUCCAUUGGGGUUCACAAAUGACUUGGCUAUAGACGACGAAGCUACUGUUUACUUCACAGACAGUAGCGCGUACUACCAGAGAAGGAAUUUCUUGCAAUUAAUAUUUACCGGAGAAUCUUCUGGGAGGCUUUUAAAAUACAACCCGACUACAAAAGUGACAACUGUCCUUCUUCGCGACCUUCAAUUUCCUAAUGGUGUGACUCUAAGCAAGGAUGAAUCAUUCCUGCUGUUCUCUGAAGCACGUCUCAGGUUGACCAGGUACUGGCUGAAGGGAGAAAAGGCAGGGACCUCAGAAGUUUUUGCUAUCCUUCCUGGAUAUGCAGAUAAUGUGAGAACUAACGAAAAUGGUGAUUUCUGGGUAGCAAUUCAUUGCCAUCAUAAUAAGUAUAUAGAUUUCCUCAGCAAGCACCGGUACCUGAGGAAACUUCUACUCAAGCUUCCUAUUUCGAUAAAAUAUACCUACCUUUUACUGAUUGGAGGCAAACUCCACGGGGUGGUCGUUAAAUACAGUCCAAAUGGGGAGAUAAUUGAGACUUUGGAGGACAGGGAAGGAAAAACAGUUAAAGCAAUCAGUGAGGUGGAAGAGAAGGAUGGCAAGCUUUGGUUGGGAUCCGUCCUGAUGCCUUUCAUUGCUGUCUACUGAUCACCUUCCAGGCGUAGCACGAUGCACUGGUUCAAAGCUACACAAUAAAUGUCAAGGGUGUUGGUGCUAAGAUGCUUGAUGGUUUGUCAGCUGUUCGAGUUAUUUUAAUUGUACAAGUAAUCAGUCAAACAGAGAGAGUGUUAGUUGCUUGCUGUUGCUUGGGUACGGAUAAUAAACUAUAAUUUAUCCCAUGAUUGGUAAAAAACAUGAUGGCCCCUAUCUCGGAGCUACCUAUGCUUGUAAUUUGUUUCCAUGGUGCUAGAUUCGUUGAGUUAAUAGCAUUUUGCUUGCUCCCUGUUGA